AUGAGUGAUAGUAAAGAACAUACUGAUGAUAUACAACAAAGAAAUUUAAUAAAAAGAAAAGCAUUGGACGAUGAAGAAAUAAUUUCAGAAGAAGAAGACGAACAAGAAAAGGAAGAUGAUGAAGAGUUGUUUGUAAAAGAAAGUGAUCGUGGUUAUAUUUAUAUUGAAGCAUUUAAAUCAAAUCAUGUUAAAGCAGCAUGUGAAGAUAUUCGUUCAUUAAAUAUAUCAAAUCUUCAAAUCGUACCAAUAAAAGAAAUGACUGAUAUUCUUCUUAUCGUUAGAACAACAUAUGAAAUAAAGAAAGGUUCAUGGGUACGUGUUAAGCGUGGAAUUUAUCGAGAUGAUUUAGCUAAAGUUGAACAUUGUGAUAUGGGAAAAAAUAUGGUUACAAUUAAAUUAAUACCACGAAUUGAUUAUACAAAAAAAUGUGGAUCAUCAAAGUCAAAUUCAGCAAAAUUAUUUGAUGAAAAAGCCGUGGAAAUAUUUGAAGGUGAAAAAUAUGAUAAUAAAGGUUUUCUUAUUAAAAAUUUUCCACUUCAUGCUGUUUCAACAGAUGGUAUAACUCCAAAUAUAAAUGAAUUAGAUAAAUUUGAAGAAACAAUUGAUGGACCUAAAAUAAUUAAAACGAAAACAUCCAAAAAUGAUUUAUUAUUAUUUUCACCGGGUGAUCAUAUUGAAGUAUGUAAAGGUGAAUUAAUUAAUUUACAAGGUACAAUUGUUGGAAUUGAUGGAGAUUUAAUAAGAAUAUUAUCGAAACAUGAAGCAUUAAAAGAUGAAAUUCCAUUUAAAGCAAAUGAAUUAAGAAAAUAUUUUUCAGUUGAAAAUCAUGUUAAAGUUUUAAAUGGAAGAUUUGAAGGUGAAACUGAAAUGAUUGUUGGAAUUGAUGAAACAAAAGCUAUUGUUUUAAAUGAUGGAACAAAAGAUGAAAUGCUUCUUCGAACAUCAGAUCUUCAAAUUUGUAAAGAAAUCGCUGUAUGUAUUGAUUCGACUGGACAAUUUCAAUUUAGAGAUUUAAUUAAUAUAUCAGCAGAUAAAGUUGGCGUUGUUAUACGUACUGAAAAAGAACGUUUACAUGUAUUAAAUAUGGAUGGAAAAGUUCAAAUAGUUUCAAUACAAUCAGUAACAAAAAGAAAAAGAAAUUGA